AUGUGUAUGGCAUCAAUAAAAAACAACAAGAUUACAAGAGGUUACAAAAAAGCGACUACUACUACUACUGACUGUCUUUCGGUGAGUGGUAGUAGUGGCGAGUUAGAGAGGGUAUUUACAUACUUCGAUGAGAACGGAGAUGGAAAAGUGUCACCUGCAGAGCUAAGGAGGUGCGUGAAGGCGGUAGGAGGAAAGCUAACGGAGGAGGAGGCGGAGAUGGCGGUGAGACUAUCAGAUUCAGACGGGGACGGGUUGUUAGGAUUGGAGGAUUUUACAAAGCUAAUGGAAGGGAUGGAAGAAGAGAGGAAUAAAGAGAGUGAGUUGAAAGGAGCAUUUGCUAUGUAUGAAGAAAUGGAGGGCAGUGGCUACAUCACUCCUAAGAGCUUGAAGAGGAUGUUGAGUCGACUUGGUGAGUCAACUUCCAUUGAUAAAUGCAAAGGUAUGAUUAGGAGAUUUGAUCUCAAUGGAGAUGGAGUCCUCAGCUUUGAUGAGUUCAAACUUAUGAUGACAACUUAGAAGAGUUUAUAGAGAAACAAUAUUGUGUACAUAAUAUGAUUAAUGAUUCUAACGAACGUUUAUCAUUGAGAUUUUUCAUUCUAUAGAUUCAUAAUUGUAAAGCCAAAGGGGAUGUCCAGUCUUGUAUUAUUCCAUUUUCAACGAUUAUUUGUUUAACUUUGUGGUUCAA